ACCGGUAGAGUUGUCAUGGCGUCUUUUGGACCGAAUCUACUGCUGCAAUUCAGCUAGAAUUCGUCGACAGUCGAUAAAUCGAAAUGGAGAAAAAUGCAGACGUGCAUCGAGACACUGUCGGGAGCACCACGAUCGGGGCGGACACUGGCGACGCUCCGGCCGUGGGAGGCGUGAAAGGAACAGCCGAGAAAUGCACAAAUAGUGAGGCUUCUCUCAGUACUUUGCUUGAUACCGAUAGCUGUUAUAACAGCACCGUCGAUCAUCCGAGCACCCUGAUUUUCAAUCCUACUGCGGGGAAGUGUGAAUUAGCGGACGUGGUCGAUGUCCUGCCUGUGCAGGAAGGGAGGAAGGACGUCGAGGUGUGCGGGUCCGGAUCCGUGGAGCAGAUCAGUAACGGGAUGCGGACUGAGCCAGUCGUGGCCGCACCAGAUAAGGAAGGUGGUGCCUCAAAGUUAGUAAACAACCAAAGCGACGGGCCGUCCUCACCUCCCGCAAAGGAAAGCGCAGGUGUAGAGGAGAGCCACAUUUGGGCUUGUGAAGAAAGCGAGCCGACUAAACUUGCCAAACCGACCUAUCUGUGCACAAUCACAGCGGAUCUAACCGCUCCACACGCUUUAUCGGAGGGACUGGCGAGUGGCAGCGACCCUGAUGCCAGCCUCGGUGGGUGCGAGUCCCGGAGCCUGGAUUCACUGGAGUCCUUCUCCAAGCUCAACUCCUGUCCCAGCUCUGACCUGAACAGCGAGGGCCUGGAGGAGCGAGGACUGGCCCUCGCCCUGCAGAGCGAGUUCGGCCUAGAUGGCACCAAGGCUACAUGCGCCAAGGACCGGGUGGCCGGUCAGUCCAUAUACCACAUAAAGUGGAUCAAAUGGAGAGAGGAGAACACGCCGAUCAUCACCCAGAACGAGAACGGCCCAUGUCCGCUCUUGGCCAUCAUGAACGUUCUCCUGCUUGCUUGGAAGGUUAAGAUGCCUCCAAUGAUGGAGAUUAUUACAGCCGAGCAACUGAUGGAGUAUCUCGGAGACUACAUUCUGGAGACCAAACCUAAAGAGAUUUCUGAGGCUCAGCGACUAAACUAUGAGCAGAACAUGAGCGACGCCAUGGCAGUGUUGCACAAGUUACAAACAGGCCUGGAUGUCAACGUCAAGUUCACAGGGGUGCGGGUCUUUGAGUACACCCCAGAAUGCAUUGUGUUUGAUCUUUUGGACAUCCCUCUCUUCCACGGCUGGCUGGUCGACCCCCAAAUUCAUGACAUUGUCAAGGCAGUGGGCAACUGCAGCUACAACCAGCUGGUGGAGAAGAUAAUAUCCUGUAAACAGUCAGACAACAGUGAGCUGGCAGGCGAAGGUAUUGUGGCAGAGCAGUUUCUGAGCAGCACAGCCACUCAGCUAACGUAUCACGGCUUGUGUGAGCUCACAUCCACCGUGCAGGAGGGCGAGCUCUGUGUCUUUUUCAGGAAUAACCACUUCAGCACCAUGAUUAAAUAUAAGGGUCAGCUCUACCUGCUGGUUACAGAUCAAGGUUUCCUGACAGAGGAGAAGGUGGUGUGGGAGAGUCUUCACAACGUAGACGGAGACGGCAAUUUCUGUGAUUCCGAGUUUCGGUUGAGGCCCCCGUCUGAUCCGGAGACCGUGUAUCGAGGACAGCAGGAUCAGAUAGACCAGGAUUACCUGAUGGCACUGUCGCUGCAGCAGGAGCAGCAGAGUCAGGACCUGCAGUGGGAGCAGCUCCCUGGCAUCAGCGACCUGGAGCUGGCUAAAAAGCUGCAGGAAGAGGAGGACCGCCGAGCCUCGCAGUACUACCAGGAGCAAGAACAGGAGCAGGCGGCGGCGGCGGCGGCGGCAGCGGCUGCUGCAGCACAGGCGCAGGGUCAACAGGACCCUGUGGAGGGAGAUGAGGCGGACAGAGGGGCCAGAGGGGCUGAAGGAGCAGGCGGCCCCGCGACCAGCGCCGGGACAGUUGCAGCAGCAGCAGCCAACACCACAGCCAGUCCGGGAAAACAGUCAUCAAGCGGCGAGCGCAAAUCCAAGAAGGAAUCCAAGGAUAAAGACAAAUGUGUCAUUUUGUAACAUAGAGUGUGUGUGUGUGCGUGGAGUGCGUGAGUGUGUGUUUGGCGCAUGAGGAGACACUAACAAGAGGAUUUGCUUCCCAAACCACUGGUGCCUGCUAUCCUCUAUCCUCAGCCGACGUCAAGAGGAAGGACGACGACGACGACUUCCCCGCAUCUUUUGACCGAGUCAGCCAACCUUUGUUACAAGUUGCACAGUGCACUAUAUUCGUCAUGGUGGCUAUCUUUUAUAGCGAUAGACAGCGUCAUCUCCGCAAACACAAACAGUCAUCAUGUUGUCCUCAGCUUUUUUAUUCUUGUUGUAAAAAGGAAAAGUAGACCCGCUUACCUGUUAAGUGAGCUGCUGAUGCCAAGAUGAACUUUUUUCUGCACAUUGACAUUUUUUUUUAAACAUUAAAAGGGAUUCUUCUCUACAAGAGGUAUUAGGGCUACACGAAAAAGAAAAAAAUACAAAGAGAAUAAAGUCAUACAAAUGCCAUAAUAAAGUUAUAAUUGCGAGAAUAAAAUCUAAAUCUUACAUGAAAAAAACGUAUUGGUAUUAAAAUACAGUAUUACAAGAAUGAGAUAAUACAAAAACGCAACAUGCCAUCAUGUUGCAUUAUUCAUAUUUCACAAUAUUACUUUUUAAAAAAUUACUUUACAUAUAUUUAUUUAGAAUUAAGGCCUACUGUUAAGCAAAUAUUGUAAUAUUAUGUAAUGUUACAAGAUUAAAGUUGUAAAAAAUGUCCCAUUUUUUACGAGAACAAACAUAAUUCCAUCCAUCCAUCCAUUUUCUAUGCCGCUUAUCCUCACAAGGGUAGCGGGGGUAUGCUGGAGCCUAUCCCAGCUGACUUUUGGGCGAGAGGCAGGGCGCACCCUGGACUGGACAAACAGAAUUUUACUCAACUAAAGGAGAAGAAAAGAUCAUAUUACUACAAGUAAAAAGCCAUUUAACUUUGCAAGAUUAAAUCUGCCUUUCAUGGCAGAGGCCAUCCGGUGUAAAAACUAAGCCAAAACCUCUCAUGCUAUUGAUUCGCCGUGGAGACCCCUGACAGGGAAAUAGCCAAAAUUAAAAAAAAAGAGAAAGAUGUUUUUUUCCCCCAUAUUAAGAAAUAAUCUUACACGGAAAAAAAUGGUCAUAUUAUGUGAAUAGGAUUCCAAAAAAGUCAUAUGUUAAGAGAUGAAAAGCAUAAGGUGUGUUGAUUCUCACAAUGUUAUUGUCCAAUCUUCCAAGAGAGCUUUUCUUUAAACGUUACUUUAUUCUUGUAAUAGUACAACGUUAUUACUUUUACAACAUUAUGACUUUAUUUUUGUUUUAUUAGGUCUUUAUUCUUGUCGUUUUGAAUUUCGUUUGUAAUAUCACGACAUUUGUCACCUCAUUUAUGUAUCUUUGACUUUAUUCAUGUAAUAUUAAGAUUAUAUUCUCGUAUUUAUUUUGUUUUUUUUUUGCUGUUACUUUAGUGUCAUCACAUUUUUGCCUUUUUCUUUUUAACAUUAAGAUUUCGUCCUGAAAUUAUGACUUUAUUCUCCUCGCAGGUUUUUUUCUUGUAAUAUUACGACAUUAUUCUUGCCACUGUUCAUCUUUCUUCUUGGUUGCUUGUAUUUACGUGUCCUGUGAUUGACUGGUGCCCCAAAGUUAGCUGGAAUAGGCUCCAGGCCAACCAAUGACCCUAUUGAGGAGUAUUAAGUAGUGCGGAUGGGUAAAUUUGACCCUUUUAUAGCAAAAAUACAUGAAACAAAAUGUCAUGAAAUUGCAAGAUUAGAGCUGUAAAAUUACUAGAGAUUACAGGGAUUAAUUGGUAAAGUUACAAAAACAAAUCUGUGAUCUUUAGUAAUAUUACAACUACAGUACAAUCAUGGAAAAUUAGUAUUUUUUUUCCUUUAAAUGUCACUACAAGUAUAUUUUUCUCUCAGAGUGGCCCUAAUACUCCUGUGUAAUUCUGCUUUUUCUGCCUGUUGGAAAUGAAUACAUGAUAGUGCUUUUUUGUGUUUCGCAACUGAGAAGGCUAUGUUUGGGUGAUGCCACAUAUAUACAGUGGCGUGAAAAAGUGUUUGCCCCCUUCCUGAUUUCUUAUUUUUUUUGCAUGUUUGUCAGACUUAAAGGUUUCAGAUCAUCAAACACAUUUAAAUAUUAGUCAAUGACAACACAACUGAACACAAAGUGCUGUUUUUAAAUGCAACUUUUUAUUAUUAAGGGAUAAAAAAAAUCCAAACCUACAGUACAUGGCCCUGUGUGAAAAAGUGAUUCCCCCCUAAACCUAAUAACUGGUUGGGUCACCCUUAGCAGCAACAACUGCAAUCAAGUGUUACAUACAGCGCUGUAGAGGAAUUUUGGCUCGCUCAUCGUUGCAGAAUUGUUGUAAUUCAGCCACAUUGGAGGGUUUUCCAGCUUUUUAAGGUCAUGCCACAGCAUCUCAAUAGAUUCAGGUCAGGAAGUCAAGACUUUGACUAGGCCACUCCAAAGUCUUCAUUUUGUUUCUCUUCAGCCAUCCAGAGGUGGACUUGCUGGUGUGUUUUGGAUCAUUUUCCUGCUGCAGAACCCAAGUUGGUUUCAGCUUGAGGUCACGAACAGAUGGUCGGACAUUUUUCUCCAGGAUUUUUUGGUAGACAGCAGAAUUGAUGGUUCCAUUUAUCACAGCAAGUCUUCCAGGUCCUGAAGCAGCAAAACAGCCCCAGACCAUCACACUACCACCACCAUAUUUUACUGUUGGUAUGAUGUUCUUUUUCUGAAAUGCGGCAUUGCUUUUACCCCAAAUGUAAUGGGACACACACCUUCCAAAAAGUUAAACUUUUAUCUCGUCAGACCACAGAGUAUUUUCCCAAAGGUCUUGGGGAUCAUCAAGAUGUUUUCUGGCAAAAUUGAGACAAGCCUUAAUGUUCUUUUUGUUCAGAAGUGGUUUUCGUCUUGGAACUCUGCCAUGCAGGCCGUUUUCGUCUUUGUUAUGGUGGAGUCAUGACCACUGACCUUAACUGAGGCAAGUGAGGCCUGCAGUUCUUUGGAUGUUGUUGAGGGGUCUUUUGUGACCUCUUGAAUGAGUCGUCACUGUGCUCCUGGGGUCAUUUUGAUUGGCCGGCCACUCCUGGGAAGGUUCACCACUGUUACAUGUUUUCACCACUUGUGGACAAUGGCUCUCACCGUGGUUCGCUGGAGUCCCAAAGCUUUAGAAAUGGCUUUAUAACCUUUUCCAGACUGAUAGAUCUCAAUUAAUCUAAGUUAAGUUACAUUUUAACAGAGGGGGCAAUCACCUUUUCCACACAGGGCCAUGUAGGUUUGGGGUUUUUUCCCCUUAUAAUAAUAAAAAGUUUCAUUUAAAAACUGCAUUUUGUGUUCAGUUGUGUUGUCAUUGACUAAUACUUAAAAUAGUUUGAUGAUCUGAAACAUUUAAGUGUGAGAAACAUAAAAAAAAAAAAUCGGGAAUGGUGCAAACACUUUUUCCACACCACUGUACAUGCAUACAGGUGCGGCUCAAUAAAUCUGAAUAUCACGUAAAAGUUAUUUGAUUUCAGUUCAGACUAAGAGACCAGUUAAAGGCUCAGGAAGUUUUUGCAGUUCAUUUGCUUAACCAGUAAUUUACAAUAGUGAACUCUUUAACAAUUGAAUUUUUUAGCCAUAAGCUAUAAUCAUCAAAAGUAUUAAGAAAUACAUUGAAACAUUUCACUGUGUGUGGUGAAUGUAUAGAAUGUAAUAGCUUCACUUUUUGGAAAUGAAUGAGUUUUUUGAAGAUAUUUAAAUGUAUUGAGAAGCACCUGUGCAUACAUAUACACUGUAACUAUGUUAACAUUGCUCAUCACAGUUUGGCCUUACCACAGUGUGUGCAUUGUUGUGUUCUGCUCAUUUUGAAUGUGUUCCCUUGUGUGGUAGUCACUGAGCAUCCAGCCAAUUUGGAGGAUGACCAAAUCUUUUACACAACGCGAGUUAAGGACUUUUUUGGGAUCGAAUUGAGCGACACAGACAUAAAGAGACAGGCGACAUCUCACCCAGGCACAUGUUAAUAUUUCUUUUCUGGAAGGCUAAAGUCUUCUUCUGGCAAGGUCACCCUCAUAGACAUUUGUGAAGCUGUAGCAAAACGCACAGACGUGCGUUGUCUACAGGCCAUGAUGUACAUAGUAUCUUUUACAGGAAGUAGCCGAGACCUUUUUCUAUCUACACAUUCCAGACGGAUGCCUUGACUCAUGUCUUCUCUCUGUCGUCCAAACGAGCAAGGGAGGGAGGGAUGGAGGGAAUAAGGGAAGGGUGGUUGUCAGGGUGAGGUCUUUGCAGCUCUUGGAAAAUGGUGUCCACUUUUGUGCAGGCUUUUAGAACCCAUCAGGUCGGGACAGCUUCCCUGGAGGAUGACACGGAGGUGACAGGCUACCUACUGUGAGGAGUAACUCCUCUCUUGAGCUUUUAAAAAAAAAAAAAAAAAUGUACAUGACGCCUUAUGACAUUUGGACAUAUUUUGUAGGACAAGUACAGGCAGAGCAGUGUGAGACAAUCCAUGCAUGUAAGACAUGAAUAUCGGAACUACUCAGGCCUUUUUUCUGAAGGGAUGCAUUCAAGCUGGAGGGUCUUUUUCAAGCUUUGUAUGGGGAGCCUGCAGUUACAGCUUGAAGUAUCUCUGCAUGCACACACACGACAGAUUUUAGACAAAAUGAAGAAGUUGACACUGAACAAAGCUGCUCCUGCAUGCGUUCAUGUGGACUACCUAAAAAGUACAUUAUAAAAACUAUCAGCGUUCUUUCAACAGGGUUUUACUUGCAGCGAAUAUAAAAAUUCAACAGCCCACUUCCCGCAGUUCCUGAAAUCCAUGUACAAUUCAGUUGAUUAACAAAGUACUUGAUUGGUAAAAAGAUAUGUGUUGGUAUAAAGAAUGCACCGUUUAUCAUCAUCAUUUUAUAAAUCUGUCAGAUUGCAAGGGCACCUCCCAUGUUUGGUCCUUUUCAGGUCACCCCCUAGAUUUUCAGUUUGAUUUAGGUCUAAGCUAUAGCUGGGCCAUUCCAACAUGUAAUUGAUUUACAGUAAGUGUGUUUUGGUUUUUGUUCCGCUAAAAGCAGUUGCCUGGAGGUUUUGUGCCAAAGAUUCCUUUUGGAAUUAUGGCCAAAAACGUUCCAACUUUCAAUUUCCACAUCCUUUUGAGAUGUUAGAUGUGUUCUUUCCCAUAUUUUAUUGUUGUUGAAUGGUAAAAUCACUGUUGUGCACCAUGCCUUGGAAAUCAAUGUAAGUUUCUCUUUUGGUUAGAAUUAGAAUAAUUCGGCUGGGGACGCCACAGCGAGUCAAUCGCUGACGUUGUGGCUUGUUUUACACCGGCUGCCCUUCCUGGCACAACUCUGGCCUGAAAUUGAACCCGUAUGCCCCGCCAUGAAAGCAGCGUGUAUCAUUACACCACCAGUUUAUUAAUAUUAUUAAAUGCUAAUGAUUGUAUUUUAUUUAAAAUAUAAAAAAGCAAUCAUCUGGUGUGUAAUAGUACACACUUCUUCCAAGCAGACGGCGUGGGUUAAAUUCCCACCCAGGGCCCCAAAACCUGGAGAAGACCAGUGCCGGUCCCAAGCCCGGAUAAAUGCGAGUGUUACAUCACUCAUGCCAUUUUUGUUCUGUAACAGUUUUUUUUUUUUUACCUUUGUGGUAUAUAUACACUUGUGUGUAUAUAUGUUUUUACUAAAAAUGUGGCGGGGGGAGGGGGCAACCUUUUGUAUUACUUCUGUUCAUCAGCUCAGUGAAGGAGGCUUACAUUUUAAAAAAAAAAGUAAUCACAUUGGUGAGGGUUUGUCUUUUGAUAAGUGAGCAGAGCCUUUUUUUUUAAUUAUUUUUGACUUACCACGAUCCCAUCCGUUAUUCCCCUCAGUUUUUAAUGUUUCCUAGUCAAAUGUGUAUGUUUCACACCUGACAAGUUCAAUUGAUAAGGAUUUUAUUGUGUCAUUGUACUUGGUUUGCAUUGUAUAAAGUGAUAUUGAGGUAAAUGCUGUAAAAUGUGUACACGUUGGAACUUAGUAGUGGUUGUCGUUUGUUUUUUGCACUGUCACGUUAAUAUGCACUAAGAGCAAAGCAACAUACCUCAUUUUGUAUGGAACAUGACAAAGUGUGCAAAGGGCCCUUCAGGGGUGCCUUUUAAAAGCAGACUAAUGGCCACAAGAGUUAUCUAAACUUGGUAGCAAUCUUACAAGCCAGCUGAUAUAUGAGUUGAACAUUAUGAAAAGGGCUGUUUUAAAUGUUCUGGCUUUUAAAGAGCAACUUAAUGAGAAUUUGUUGCAAAUUAUGUCCAGGUUAGUUGAAAACACAACCCAAGUGCUGUACACUUCCAAGGGAGGGAGACACACACACACACACACACACACACACACACUUUUGUGUUGUAUGGGAAAAUGUUGACAGAAAUGCUUUGUUGGCCAUGGCAAUGUUCUCAUGUAUGACCUGUUAUUUUUUUCAUUUCCUGUUGUAUUCAAACAUGGGAGGUUAACUCGUUUGUGCUUUCAUUUUGCAUCCCUUUACAUCAAUGACCAAAUAAUGUAUGUAGCCUUUCACAUUGCAGUCACAUUAUGUAAAUGGUGAUAUAUAUAUAUAUUUAACUAAAUGCCUUAUAGACGAGGGACAUUCAACCGAAUUAGAAUUACUGAGAUAAUAAAAAGAUUUAAGAGCAAUCAUCAGUUGUCAUCAUU